AUGCUGGCAGAGAACCCUGCAAUUCUGCUGGUGGCUACUAUUGACCACAUCAAUGCGACUCUCCUUUGGACUAGCGUUUUGCUUGAUUCCUUCCAAUGGGUUUACUGCCACGCGGACACAUUCGCGUUCUCCACGGAAGAGUUGCUCGCUGGGCAUUCUUCUUUGCUUGGUCUCAAUCCAAAAAAUACCCACUCGGCCCACUCAUUAUCCUCCCUUGACGUUUUGUGGCAGUCUUUAGCCACUAAUUCUCGUUCAAUUUUCCGACUUUUUUACGCGAUGUUCUUCUCAACCAAUGAGCCUGUCUCGUUUUGGGAUCUCUUCAGCGCAGCUAAGGAUGAGUUUCUAGUGUCCUCGGAUACUGCGUUGCGGCAGCAGUUGGUUGAGUUCAGCGAUCAUCGAGUGUUAAGGUAUGCGUUUCAUUUCUAU